AUGUUAACUCAAAAUAAUAAUUUACAACGUUAUAUAACCAAAAAUGGUGCUCAAUUUGGUAUUCCUGAAUGUCUUGUACAUGGAAAUCCGAUUGCUUCACAUUUCUUUUUUUACUUGAAUAAUAAACAGAAUAAUCAUGAGUUAAAUACAAAUUUGGAGAAGGGAAUUGUGUUGAUUGAUUGGACACGUAAGUUUGGUGGAGAAACACAUUGUGGAUGUAUUGGUGAAGAUUUAGCCAAAUGCAUUUGUUGGAAUAUGCCAACCAAGGAGCGCAAUGAAACACAACUUGUUAAAUUGCUUCAAUAUUACCACUACCAAUUAUUAAAAAGAUUACAAUCAUUUGGAGCAGAUGCCGAUUUUCAAAAAGAAAUAACUUUGGAUCGAGUUACGGAUGCUUUUGAACAUUAUAUUCCUCUUGCUGCCCUCACUUUUCUUCUCUUUCUUCCCGAAGAUUUAAAUGAUGCAAAUUCUGCGGUGCUAGAAAAGGCGCAUCGACUUUUGGAAGAAGCUGAAACGGCUAUUGGAAAUUUUUAA